UUCUGGGAUGGGCAGAUGGCCCACCCCCUCUUUCUCCUCCUGCUCCAAACCAGAGUGGGUAGGGCGGAGAAACCUCCGCAGCUUUCCCGUCUUCCAGCCCAUAGCCCCGAGUGUCCGCACACUGUGGCGACAGGGGUGACGGGGUGGGUCUCCGCGACGCAGGGGUGGCAAGGCCCCCGGGGAGGGGUGGAGCGCGGAGGAGGCUGCGGUCCCGCCUCCCGCAGCUCCGGCAGCGGCACUGGCCCCCCCGCGGGCGCGACACCCGGCGUCCGGCGAGCCCAGUGGUUAGCGAUGCCGUUGCUGUCGCUGCUGUCGCUGCUGCUGCCGCUUCUGGGGGCGCCUCCGGGCUCCGCCGAGGGCGCGGCGGCGGCGCUUACUCCCGAGCGUGUCCUCGAGUGGCAGGAUAAAGGCAUCUUCAUUAUCCAAAGUGAGACCCUCGAGAAAUGCAUUCAAGCAGGCAAAUCUACACUGACCCUGGAGAACUGCAAACCACCAAACAAGUACAUGCUAUGGAAAUGGGUUUCAAACCACCACCUCUUUAACAUCGGAGGCAGCGGCUGUCUGGGCCUGAACAUGUCUGAUCCAGAGCAGCCUCUGAGCAUAUACGAGUGUGAUUCCACUCACAUUUCCUUGAGGUGGCGCUGCAACAGGAAGACGAUCACUGGCCCGCACCAGUAUUCGGUCCAGGUGAAGCACAACACGCUUGUGGCCUCAUGGAAGUAUCUUCAUAAGUGGAUCCCCUACAUGUCAGGCGGUGGAGGCAUUUGUGAAUAUCUGCACAAAGAUUUGUAUACGAUCAAAGGUAACGCCCAUGGGACACCAUGCAUGUUUCCCUUCCAGUAUAACCAGCAGUGGCAUCACGAGUGUACUCGGGAAGGGCGGGAAGACAACUCCCUGUGGUGUGCCACAACAAGCCGGUACGAAAGAGAUGAGAAGUGGGGAUUUUGCCCAGAUCCCACAUCUACCAAGGUGGGUUGUGAUGCUGUCUGGGAGAAGGAUCUCAACUCACACAUUUGCUACCAAUUCAACCUGCUUUCAUCCCUCUCCUGGAGUGAGGCACACUCUUCAUGCCAGCUGCAAGGAGGUGCAUUAUUAAGUAUUGCAGAUGAGACUGAAGAAAAUUUCAUAAGGAAGCACUUGGGCAGUGAAGCAGUGGAAUUGUGGAUAGGUCUGAAUCAGCUGGAUGAAAACGCUGGCUGGCAGUGGUCUGACAGAACACCCCUCAACUACCUGAACUGGAACCCAGAAAUAAAUUUUGAGCCAUUCAUUGAAUAUCACUGUGGAACAUUUAAUGCAUUUAUGCCAAAUGCCUGGAGAAGUCGGGAUUGUGAGUCUACCUUGCCUUAUAUAUGUAAAAAAUACCUAAACCAUACUGAUCAGGAAGUAGUUGAAAAAGAUGCUUGGAAAUAUUAUGCUACCCACUGUGAGCCUGGCUGGAAUCCCCACAAUCGUUAUUGCUAUAAACUUCUGAAAGAAGAGAAGACCUGGAAUGAAGCUUUGCAUUCCUGCCAGUCUGAUAACAGUACACUAACAGACAUAGCUUCGUUAGCAGAGGUGGAGUUUCUUACAACCCUUCUUGGAGAUGGAAAUGCAUCAGAAACAUGGGUUGGUUUGAGCAGCAAUAGAAUUCCAGUUUCUUUUGAAUGGUCUAGUGGCUCCUCCGUCACCUUUACAAAUUGGCACACACUUGAGCCCCAAAUUUUUCCAAAUAGAAGCCAGCAAUGUGUCUCAGCAGAGCAACCUGAGGGACACUGGAAAGUUAAAAAUUGCGAAGAAACACAUUUUUACGUUUGUAAGAAAGCAGGCCAUGUCCUUUCUAACACUGAAUCAGGCUGUCAAGAGGGAUGGAAGAGACAUGGCAGAUUCUGUUACAAAAUUGACACUGUCCUUCGAAGCUUUGACCACGCCUCCAGUGGUUACUACUGUCCUCCUGCACUUGUAACCAUUACAAACAGGUUUGAACAGGCUUUCAUCACCAGUUUGAUCAGUAGUGUGGUAAAAACAAAGGACACUUAUUUUUGGAUAGCUCUUCAAGAUCAAAAUGACACAGGAGAAUACACUUGGAAGACAGCAGGACAGAAGUCAGAGCCCGUGCAGUACACACACUGGAAUGCCCGUCAGCCCCGCUACCGUGGUGGCUGUGUUGUCAUGCGAGGAAGGAGUCCCGCUGGUCGCUGGGAAGUGAAGGACUGUAGGCACUUUAAGGCAAUGUCCCUGUGCAAGCAACCAGUGGAAAAUCAGGAGAAAACUGAGCAGGAAGAGAGAUGGCCCUUUCACCCCUGCUAUUUGGACUGGGAGUCAGGGCCUGGCCUGGCCAGUUGCUUCAAGGUAUUUCAUAGUGAAAAAGUCCUGAUGAAAAGAACAUGGAGAGAUGCUGAAGCAUUUUGUGAGGAAUUUGGAGCUCAUCUUGCAAGCUUUGCCCAUAUUGAGGAAGAGAAUUUUGUGAAUGAGCUUCUACAUUCAAAAUUUAAUAGGACAGAAGAAAGGCAGUUCUGGAUUGGAUUUAAUAAAAGAAACCCACUGAAUGCUGGCUCUUGGGAGUGGUCUGAUGGAACUCCUGUUGUCUCUUCAUUUUUAGACAAUACUUAUUUUGGAGAAGAUGCAAGAAAUUGUGCUGUUUAUAAGGCAAAUAAAACAUUGCUACCCUCCCACUGUGGUUUCAAACACGAAUGGAUAUGCAAAAUUCCAAGAGAUGUGAGACCCAAGAUUCCACCCUGGUAUCAGUAUGAUGCACCCUGGCUCUUCUAUCAGGAUGCAGAGUACCUUUUUCACACCUCUGCCUCGGAAUGGUCCUCCUUUGAGUUUGUCUGUGGCUGGCUGCGCAGUGAUAUCCUCACUAUUCAUUCUGCCCGUGAGCAAGAAUUCAUCCACAGCAAAAUAAGAGCGCUAUCAAAGUAUGGUGUAAAUUGGUGGAUUGGACUUCGAGAAGAAAGAGCCAAUGAUGAAUUUCGCUGGAGAGAUGGGUCACCUGUAAUAUACCAGAACUGGGACAAAGGAAUAGAAGGAUCUAUGAAUAAUCAGAGCCAGAGAUGUGGCUUCAUUUCAUCCAUAACAGGACUCUGGGCUAGUGAAGAGUGCUCAGUUUCUAUGCCUAGCAUCUGUAAGAGAAAAAAGUUUUGGGUCAUAGAGAAAGAGAGAGAUAUACCAAAACAACAUGGAACGUGUCCCAAGGGAUGGCUGUAUUUCAAUUACAAGUGCCUUUUGAUGAAAAUCCCCAAAGACCCAAGCGAUUGGAAGAACUGGACUUCUGCUCAAGAUUUCUGUGUUGAAGAAGGGGGGACACUGGUUGCCAUUGAAAAUGAGGUGGAACAAGCGUUCAUUACUAUGAAUCUUUUUGGCCAGACCACUAACAUGUGGAUAGGGUUACAAUAUGAUGAUUAUGAAAAAUGGCUAAAUGGAAGGCCUGUGUCAUUUUCUAAUUGGUCUCCAUUUGAUAUAAUAAAUGCUCCAAGUCGUAACACCACUGAAUUUCAAAAACACAUUCCUCUCUGUGCCUUGCUGUCAAGUAAUCCUAAUUUUCAUUUCACUGGAAAAUGGUAUUUUGAAGACUGUGGAAAAGAAGGUUAUGGGUUUGUUUGUGAAAAAAUGCAGGAUUCUUCUGGACACAGUGUAAAUACAUCUGAUAUGUAUCCAAUCCCCAGUACCUUAGAAUAUGGAAACAGAACUUACAAAAUAAUUAAUGCGAACAUGACUUGGUAUACAGCAAUGAAAACCUGCCUAAUGCAUGGAGCAGAACUGGUCAGCAUUACAGACCAGUACCACCAGUCCUUCCUCACCGUUAUCCUCAGCCGGCUGGGACAUGCACACUGGAUUGGACUGUUCACUGAAGAUAAUGGUCUUCAUUUUGACUGGACAGAUGGCACCAAAUUCUCCUUCACUUUUUGGAAAGACGAUGAGUCAUCCUUCCUGGGUGACUGUGUUUUUGCCGACACGAGUGGACACUGGAGUUCCACAGACUGCGAGUCGUUUCUGCAAGGGGCCAUUUGUCAUGUGCCCACUGAAACAAGACCAUAUGAAGACCCAGAGUUGUGCUCAGAAACAUCUAUUCCCUGGAUAAAAUUCAGAAGUAAUUGCUACAGUUUUUCUACAGUCCUAGACAGUACAAGUUUUGAGGCUGCUCAUGAAUUUUGCAAAAAGGAAGGAUCUAAUCUUUUAACGAUCAAAGAUGAGGCUGAAAAUUCAUUUCUCCUAGAAGAGCUUAUUGCUUUCAGUUCUUCUGUCCAGAUGGUUUGGCUGAAUGCUCAGUUUGAUGGUGACCAUGAAACCAUAAAGUGGUUUGAUGGAACUCCCACAGACCAGUCAAACUGGGGGAUUCGGAAGCCAGAGAUGAACCACGUCGAACCCCAUCUGUGUGUGGCCCUGAGGAUUCCCGAAGGAGUGUGGCAAUUAUCCUCAUGCCAAGAAAAAAAGGGAUUUAUAUGUAAAAUGGAAGCAGAUAUUCACACAGUAAAGGAACAUCCAGGAAAAGGACCAAGUCACAGCAUUAUACCUCUUGCAGUAGCAAUGACACUGAUAGCAAUUCUGGCAAUCUCCACACUUUCCUUCUGCAUAUACAAACAUAGUAGGGUUAUCUUCAGGAGACUUGCAGAGUUUGGAAAUCCUUACUAUCCUACAACGAACUUUAGAAGAGUACAUUUAGAAGAAAAUAUUCUCAUUUCUGAUCUUGAGAAGAAUGAUUAAUAAUAAUGAAGUGAGAGAAUGCCACAGCCAUGAGAAUGAGUCAAGAAGAGUAUCUUCCUUCAUAGACCAGAUGCCACUAUAAUGUGAAUUGUAUCACCAGUUUAAUUAUUCUUAAAGUGAUUACUGGUUUUGAAUUGUAACCAAAUCAGAUGGGUGUUGAUUUAUUCAUUUCCUCAAACUGUGAUCUAUUAUUAAAAGGGGGAAAUUUUACAACGAUUAUUCAGAAAACAAGAACUAUGAAAAGAAACUCCCAGUUGAAAACUCUCAAACCAAUGUGAGUAACAGUUGUUGCAUUAAUGUGCUUCUACCAAAAAUUUCUGCGAAUUUUAAAAAUAAUCUGGUAUCUAUUCAGACAUUUACCCAAUCUCAUUCUACUAAAAGAGAGAGUGAGCAAAACAAAUUUUAAAGCCCUACACUUGUAUAAGAGAGGAAAAAAUGCUCCUAAGAGGUUUCUUGUUUGUUUGGUUUUGAUUCAAUCAUUUAACAGCAGGGUUUGGAAAACACUAAUUUCUAAGCUUAAAACUCACAGGUUAUGGACUAUAGUACUUACGGUGACAUUUAUCUUUAUUAGUUCUGACUUCUCAAACUAAAGGAGAAGAAAAAUAAUCCUUCUUUAAAUAGUAAAGAUCUUGGUUAGCAGGACACUUUCAUAAGCAACCACACAAUGUGGCCUAAAAUUAUGUUACUAAAUGAUGACAAAUUUAGAUAGUUAAAAAGAUCUUAUAGUUAGCUCAAAGGAAUUUAUUGAGAUAUUAAUACUUUUAAAACUCAUGAGCUUUAUUAAAAUCUAAAGGUAUAAAAUAUAUACCACUCCUAGCAACCAAAAGAUACAAAAUACAGCUUGAAUUUAAAGGGGAAAAAUUAAAGUUCUGAAUUACAGUUUCAUUAGAACUAGACUAGAGGAUAUGUUGAGAAGUACUAAAUAAAUUACUGUCCAGUUGUAAUCCAGACACCUUUGCUAUAUAAAGGAGUUUAUUUGGGGAUUUCUAUUUAGUAAACUAUGGUUUGGGGGAACCAACUCUAUUUGCAUUGGACUAGUCAGUGUAGUCACUAAAAAGUGAUUCAAAGUAUGAUAUUAUCCACAAAUUAAAAAUCACAGAUUUGAUCUUCCUUCAUUAAUUUCUUAUAAAGAAAAAUGACUUCCCAAUCAAUAUUCAAAAGUUUACUCAUUACAUAAAUGUUUAUCAAGUUCCUAUUAAGAACCAAGAGUCAUUCUAGACACUGGGGGUAUCAGAGUGAGCACUUACUUUCUAAUGAAGGAAAAGUGACAGUAAACCAGUAAAGAAAUGCAUAGAGAAAGUAUCAGGUGGUUAUGAAAGUUAAGUAAGGCCUUGCGAUAGAGAGAAACUGGGGGGAUCUACCUAGAAUGUGCAUUUUAAUUAUUACAACCAGUUGCCUCAGAACUAGUGGCCACAAGUCACAAGGUGUUCCGCAGGAGAAAGUAUGAAUAAAUUUCUAAGUGGAAAACCGUCAUCAUCAGAAAUACAGUUUGAAGAACAUGUCCUAAGAAUAGAGUCCUCAUGGCCUGAAACAGUUAAUGCAGCUUCCAAAAGCAGCCCUUUGCUACUACUGUGUAAUUUACACAUUGAGACAAUCUAUGUCCACAAUUUUGUUCAAGUUUUGGAACUUUAUUUUUUUUAACAUUACAUCAUGUGGCCGUUGUAUAUUUAUGACUCAAAAGAAUAAUUGGCCUGGACUAACAGUUAUAAAAGCCCAAAUUAACAAUCUGUCAAGUGAAAUUAAAGUUCUGAUCUUUUUAGUGAGCUUGGUAAAAACUGCUAAUCAAUUAUCCUUCUAGUCAAGGUAUAUUGAAGUGGAGUAGUCAGUCACACAUAAAAAUCUGACAAAAUAUGUCAAAAUAAAGUGGUUUUGCAGGAAAAAACCUGUACUGCUCAUCAAUGCUCUGUACCUUCUUAUUUAGUAUUGAACUGCAUCCCCAUGGACAGAUCAUGCACUACUUCUCAGUACUGAAAUUUCAGAAAUGGGAAGUACUGAAAUACACUGUUUUAUCUGUAUACAGGCACUUUUGAAAACUUUUUUCCACAUCUCUUUUUAAUCUGAACUAGAUUUCAUAGCUACUCUUGAAAAGAAAAAAAAGUAGCAGGGUCACAAACUCAUUCACAUACCAUUAAUGUGCCCCCUCCAAAAAAAAAAUAAAUUAUUUUCUAUAACUCUGAGUAAUGAAAAAUCUUGGAUUUUCCACUUAAAGAUAACCAGGGCUGAUCCAAUUCCAACAGCCUUCUUUCAGUUUAAAUGUUUCUUCUAUUGAAAGUUCCACUCCCUAUCAAGUGUGGAGUAGAUGGUCUCUUUAGAUGGACAUUCAGUCUUCCAGAGUUUCCAUUCCCUCCUCAAAAUGGUGGUUGGAUAUAUGAGAACUUGUUCUGUCCUUGUGGUAUUGUGGGGAGCAGGUGAUAACUCACUGUAGAUGUGUUACCUGGUGUCCACUGAGGGUAGUUGUCUGGCCCACACCUGGGAAUUCUGCUGGCAUCUCUAUGAAGUCUAUAGUUAGUGUAACUUGUAGUCUGUUCUCUUUGGUUUGGCCCCAUCCUGGCUCUCCCUGGCAUUGCCUUAUCCCUGGAGAAUUGGCCAUGACUCCCAUUCAUUCCCCUACCUGGACAUUACAGUUCUUGGCAAUAAGGCUAAAUCACUUCUGCAGUAGUGAGACCCCACCCAGCACACCAUCAGCUACUCUCUUAGUCAGGGGAGGCUUAAUCCUGUAGCAGACAGUCCCAAAAUCUCAUUGGCUUAACACAGCAAAGGUAUGUUUCUCAUCCACACCAACACGGGCUAGCAGAAAGACUCUCCUUUAUUCAGUCAUCAGGUCAGGCUCCUCCAAUACAGUAGAGCUUACAUCUCCUAAGGCCUUGGGUGUCCCCAGUGGGUUCCCUACCUCUGCCUGACAGAAGGAGUUAGAGAUCUGUCUUUGACUAAUUAUGUUACUCCUAUAGGCUACAGAAAUACAUUCUCUAAGUUAACAGUCUUUAAGUUGAGGACAUGUGCCCUGAGGGAUACCGGGGCAUGGGUAUCUUUAAGGAGCUCAGUUUCCAGACUCUUUGACCAUCAUAUAUAUUCUUUCUUAGAAUUGACUUGCCUAAGAUCAAGGUGUCAUGCUGGUUCUUCUUUCCUACCUCAAUUUGCAGAAAUGCCCAUUUCUAUCUUUAAAAAAUGGCUUUCACCUCAAAUAUUACUAUGAUGCCCUAUCUUGGGAAAAUCCUCCAUGGCAUCAAACAAAGAAAAAAUUUCAAAAUAAUGAUGUCAGUGAAACUUCUUUUAAUAAAGAAAUUUAUAAACCCAGUGUAAAUUCUCAAGUCUUUUCCUGUGUUCAUACAUCUUUCUGUUAAGGAUGAAGUGAUGAGUUAGAAAUGAGUUAUUUUGCCCCACGUUGGGAUAGUCUAAAUUAAUACACUUUGCGCAUGUGUAUAUAUAAUUAUAUAUGUGUAUAUGUGUAUAUACAAAUGUAUAUAUAAUUAUAUAUAUAUAAAUGCAGAAGUGCUAAGUACCUUCCUUUGAGACUUUAUCUCGUCCAGCCCCUGUCUAUAAUAAAAGACUAUUUCUGGAAAGAAAAUCUGGGGAGAGCAAAGUAAAGAAAGUGUAACUAUUGAUAAGGACUUGAAGUGUUAAUUUGGGUGAAAAGCUCUGUAGCUUUAUUUAUCUUAGAUUCCUAACUGAGCUCUGAGGAUAAGUAUUAUGCUUAUUUGAAUUGAAAAAAUGAAAUCAGACUUUUUCUGAACAUUUUCUUAUUUGGCUCAUUUGUUUAACAAUGAGGAUUGGUUUUACCAAUUAAGUUUUAUGAUGAACAUUUUCAUUAAAUUAAAUGAACUAUAUGUGCAGUUCUAGUGUUCUGAUUAAAGCAUACGCGAAGAUAAAAGAUAUUUUAAUAGAAAAAUAGUAAUGACAAAAGCAUAAAAUUAACAAUUUUUAUUUUUAUUUUUAUUUUUAUUUUUCCCAACCUUACUUUGCAUGCCAGGUAAAACAAAGUGCCUAUAAGUGAAAGAGUAACAGGCAUAGUUAAUAGUCAUUUUAAAAAGAAGUAGAGAACUCCUAAGUUUCUGGGUCCAGAAGCACAACAUGGCACUUUCACUCACAUAUCAUUGGCCAGAAGUAGUCACAGGGUCCAACCCAACUACAAGUCAGUCUGGGAGGUUUCCCAGGGUGUUAGGAAGGAGAGUAACCAACCACGGUGAGCACCAGUGAUCUCUGCCGGAUUUUCUCUGCACAUAUAGCUACAAAAAAGGUAGAGGGGAAUAGAAUUUGUGCUGAAUCCUGACUCAUUCUAGCAAUUUUAAAUUGAUAUUGAUUAAUUUGAUCUAUGAUGCACCCAUUUCAUUAAGAGAUGCACCACUAUAACAUUUUAGUUUGAUACAUACUAAUUAUUUAUUAGCCAUUGUAAUAUGUUCAUGUUGUUUUGAUCAGCUGUGUACUAACAGUAAUUGAAAUGGCAACUGGAUACAGAAAAUGUGUAACACAGCCUAUGCUCACAGGGAAGUUUUUUUAAAAUAAUUUCAGCUUACAUAUAUAUAUAUAUGUAUUUUUUACUUCAGGGAAAUACGACAACGAAUAAGAUACUUCCAAGAACAAAAAUAUAUUAGGAAAAAAUUCUGUGGGAUGGGAGUUGGAAUGGGAAAUAAGAUUAAAGGGAAAACAAAACAAGAAUCUCUGACUGCUAAAAAGACCAAGUGCUUCUGGACCCAGAAACUUAGAAGUUCUCUACUCCUUUGUUUGUAUUUCUAUUUUAAAAUAGAUUAUAAUAGAAUUCAGAUUGUCAUGGUAUCCCCAAUCAAAGGAAGUAGAGCUCCUUGGUGAAGUGAUUGAUUCCAGGUCUGGGACAGUGAAAAUACAAAAUGAAACUGGACUAUCUUGUGAUGCCAGAAAGUAAGGAAAUGUUCACAAAAAGAUGGGGUAAUUUCCAAAGGACACAGGACCAACCUGAAGGAGCUCCCAAAAGCCAAAGUUGGAAUACUUUGUGUAACAGAACAAUAAUAAUAUUGGAUUGUAAGCAUAGAAUAAAUAUCUAUGAGUCCCUUUUGAUAUAAAUGAAUGAAUGAACAGGGGAGAAGCAACAGUUCUUUUCUACAGAAGAAUUUCAAUUGAAAAAUGUAGAAGAAAUGAGAGAAACAAAAAUUAGGCAAACACUACAGCAAUAAUUGUUGCAGGACAGAUCCACCAGUGGGUGCUAAAAUCCAUGGAUGAACAUUUGAAGAGAAACGGAAAAAUUUCAGAGCCUUAAAAUAUUGCCUCCAAGAUACUCAUUAAUCAUAAUUGGAAAGUACUAACUUUACAAUGGAGAAAACUUAAGGAAGUGAAAAAGGUUAACUGAAGCAGUAAUAAGCCACACCAGCAUCAUGUACCCCCUAGAAGGACACAUGUCUUUUUUGGUAUCGUCCCCAUUAAUGCAUAAUCUCAAUUUAAUAAUAAAAAACAUUAGACAAAUCCAAAUUGAGGAACAUUACACAAAUAACUGAUGGCUUCAAAAGUGUCCGGGUCAUGAAAGAUAAGGAAAGACUUAAGAAAACGUCACAGAUGGGAGUAAGGUAAGGAGCCAUGAUAACUAAAUGCAAGGUAGGAUCCUGGAAUGGAAAAUGGACAUAUGGAAAAAUGUGAAAUUAGAAUAAAAUCUAUAGUUUAGUUAUAGUAUUGUAUCGGUAUUAAUGUCUUAGUUUUAAUGAUUGUACUAUGGUCAUGUGAUAUGUACCAUUUGAGGAAGCUGAGUGAAUGGUGUAUAGGAAUUCUCUGUACUACAUCAGCAACUUUUCUGUAAAUCUAAAAUUAUUUCAAAAUAAAAGUUUAAAAUCUG